UCUACCUCUGGUGACAGCUUGAACUUCCCCAAGCAUGUGUGGAAGAGUGCGUCUGAGUAUGUAAAUUCAGUCCCUGCUCCCUCUGGGUCCAAGAUGCACUCCAACAAACUACCUGGGUCCUGCAAGAGCAAAUGGGGGAACCUUAAGGGCACAUUUCUCCAAGUUCAGUUCAUCAAGAGCACUUCCGGUCUUACAUGGAGUGAUGCAGAUGGAGUAGGGGUGUCACCUGAGAACCAGAGUGUAUGGAAUGAACUUGUGAGGAGCCGCCCUGCAGCAAAGCCCUUUGCCAACAAAGGCUUCAUUCACUUUGCUGCCAUUGAUGAAAUGAUG